ACCUUUAAACAUAUCCGUUAGAACAGUCGAUAAUAAGAAUGAUGUCGAUACAUCUUGCUUUCGUUGCCUGCUUUGCUGUCGUGGUAUAUGCAAACCAGGAGUUAUGGGAUCAAUUUAAGAUAAAACAUGGUAAGUCAUACUCUACUGAAGCUGAAGAGAAGCGCCGCUAUGAAAUCUUCAAAUCCAACCUUAAAUCCAUUGAAGACCACAAUGCUAAAUAUGAAAGAGGUGAAGUAACUUGGUUUCAAGCGCCAAAUCACAUGUCAGAUUGGACUUUUGAGGAAUUUGAAAACACCCUAAGGACUAAACCUUUAACAAAUACUGCUGAUGGAAAGGUACAUAUCCUCUCAGGAAAACAACUUCCUAAAAGUAUUGACUGGAGGGACAGCGGAAUCGUUACAGAGGUACAAAAUCAAGGAUACAAAUGUGGAUCUUGCUGGAGUUUUAGUGUUGCUGGAACCCUCGAAGGACUCUACGCCCAAAAAACCGGUAAUCUUCUUCAAUUAUCCGAACAAAAUCUUAUAGAUUGUGCCACUCCUGAUAAUGGAUAUAACUGCAAUGGCUGUAGUGGUGGAAUACCCUCAGAAGCAUUACAAUACGUUGUAGACAAUGGAAUCGAUUAUUUUUCGGAAUAUCCAUAUGAAGGCGAACAAAAGGAAUGCAGACAAAAAAACAAAAUUCUUCAAAUUUCUAGCUACACAAAUACCGUUCCCAAUGACGAAUCUAGUCUGCAAGACGCUGUAGCAACUGUUGGUCCGGUUUCAGUAUCCCUUAAUGGUAGCCUUGCAAUGCAUUACUCUGGUGGAAUUUUUCAAGAUGAAAAGUGUGAAAAGGGCGUUAAUCAUGGCGUCUUGGCAGUAGGAUAUGGAGAGGAAAAUGGACAAAAGUAUUGGAUUUUCAAAAACUCUUAUGGAACUGAUUGGGGAAUUAAGGGUUACAUGAAGAUAGUUAUGGGGUCAAAUAUGUGUGGAUUAGCUUCCCAGCCAUGUUAUCCUAAUUUGUAGAGUAACCUAUAGUAAAAUGUUAUAUUUUUUGAGCUAAAUAUUGCCCAUAUAUUAAUAAAUGUUUAUAAACAAAA